AUGGCGACCUGUUUGCGAGUACCUAUGGCUGCUUCAUCACUCCCUUGUUGUUCAUCUUCAUCCCCGUCGCUUAAACGACGCAGUCUUGAGACUAUUCGUGCAGUUAAUAGCAGAAACGGUGCCAAAAUUCCGAUGCCUCCAGUAAACCAUAAAGACCCGUUUCUCUCGAAGCUCGCUUCGGUUGCCGCCACUUCGCCUGAAAGGCUCCUCAAUCGCCCUUCGAAUUCUGAUACACCGCCGUUUUUGGACCUCUUCGACUCUCCCAAGCUCAUGGCUACCCCUGCCCAGGUGGAAAGAUCAGUUUCUUACAAUGAGCACAGGCCAAGGAGACCUCCACCGGACUUGCCUUCGCUGCUUCUCCAUGGUAGAAUUGUUUACAUUGGCAUGCCGCUGGUGCCAGCAGUCACAGAGCUUGUGGUUGCAGAAUUGAUGUAUUUGCAGUGGAUGGAUCCUAAAGAGCCGAUAUACCUUUAUAUAAAUUCUACCGGAACUACUCGUGAUGAUGGUGAAACGCAAAAGAAAGGCUCCAUUGCACCUAGUGAUGUAAAUCGUAUUAUAGAAGAAUUAGGGAUGAGAAGGGAAGAAGGAAGGAAUGAGAAAAGAAGAAGAAGAAGGGAAUGA